UCACUGCUGCCUGUUACUUGACUUCCACUUCAGUUUGUAGUUCAGGAUGUACAAGUUGGUGCUAUUUUUCUUUUCGUCAGCGGCUCUUUUCGCCUGUCUAAAUGGCGCUUUUCCACCACCGUGUGACAGUGAAAUAUACUGCACCGGGCCUCUCUUGCAUCAGGUACAGAAAGCUAAACUGUUUGAUGAUGACAAAUACUUUGUUGACAUGAAGCUGAGGGAAACUCCUGAUGUAGUUUUAUCUGCUUUUCGCAACCUUUCAAAUGAAUCCCCAAACCCCACUGUCCCGCUUGGCAAACUGCAGGAGUUCCUCAGGGCUUACUUUGAGAAACCGGGGACAGAGUUUGAGUCAUGGACGCCGCCAGACUGGCAUGACAAGCCAAAGUUCCUUGAAGGAAUAGCGGACCGAGAACUACGUGCCUGGGCUGAAAAGAUCCAUACUCUAUGGAAGUCUCUCGGCAGAAAGAUCCGCAUCGAUGUUAAAGAUCACCCAGAGCUCUACUCGCAGAUAUACACCCCACAUCCCGUUGUUGUGCCAGGGGGCCGCUUCAGGGAGCUCUACUAUUGGGACUCCUACUGGGUCAUCAACGGGCUCCUGCUGUCAGAGAUGACAGACACGGCCCACGGGAUGAUUCAAAACUUCCUCUACCUUGUCAACAGAUAUGGCUUCAUUCCAAAUGGUGGGCGGAUUUACUAUGAAAGGCGCAGUCAGCCUCCAUUUCUCACUCUAAUGGUGGAGAGCUACUAUCAAGCAACCAAGGAUAAAGAGUUCCUCAGAGCAGCUUUACCAGCUCUGGAGCAGGAGUACCGAUUCUGGAUGGAGAACCGUUCUGUGACGGUCCAAGUAAACGGUGCAGAGCAUGUACUGAACCGCUACCAUGUGCUGGUGGGCCUGCCCAGGCCUGAAUCCUACACGGAUGAUCUGGAAUUAGCUGAGGGACUCACUGAUGAUGGUAAAGAGCAGCUGUGGAUGGAACUGAAAGCGGGAGCAGAGUCUGGCUGGGACUUCACAUCCCGCUGGUAUGUAAACGGUGACAUCCACAACAACGCGACCCUCAGGGAGACCAGCACCAGUCACUUCCUCCCCACUGACCUCAACGCUCUGCUCUGCCUCAAUGAGAAGACUCUUGCUUCAUUUCACAGAAUACUGGGUGACGGUGACUCAGCAGCACUGUUUGACCAGGCUGCAGCCCGCAGACGGGGGGCCAUAGAGGCUGUGAUGUGGGAUGCUGAGAGGGGAGCCUGGUUUGACUACAACCUGAUGACGCACUCCAAACACUUUGAGUUUUACCCCUCCAACCUGGCACCUGUUUGGGCACACUGCUAUUCUGGGCCUGAGAUGGGAGAGAAGGCAGUGCAGUAUCUAAAGGGGAGUGGUGCUCUCAAGUUCCCCAAUGGAGUCCCAACAUCGCUGAGGGAGUCUGGGCAGCAGUGGGACUAUCCUAAUGCAUGGCCUCCUUUACAACACAUGCUCAUCGAUGGUUUAUCCAAACUGCCUUCAGAGGAUGCUAAACAACUAGCAUUUGAUUUAGCCCAGCGUUGGAUUAAGACAAACUGGGUGGCAUACACAAAGUAUGAAGCCAUGUUUGAAAAGUAUGAUGUGAACGGCGAUGGCAGACCUGGUGGUGGAGGAGAAUAUGAAGUUCAGCUUGGUUUCGGCUGGACCAAUGGCGUGGCCCUGCAGCUCCUGGACCAGUAUGGGGCGACUCUCACCGCAGGAAGCAGACGAGUGUCUUCUGGCCUCCUGCUGCCUCUGGUCAUCUCAGCCGCUCACAUGCUUCAGUGAGUCAGAGGUGACAACAGAGCCUGACUGGAGGUUGCAUUUUAUUAUUCCUGGUUUCACAGCACUACAUCAUUUCUUCCCACUGACCGACUUUAAACACACAACAAUUGACACUGAGAAUGAGACUAAAUUUAGCAUCCUUUAAAAAACACCUGAUAUUUUCUUAACCCAUAAGAACCCACGGUGACACGGGUGUAACAAACACUUUAAAUCUUCUAUAAUCUCCCACAUUCAGCUUUAUGCUUCACUUCUCCAAAACGUGGCUGUGACUGGAAACAGAAAUCCAAAAAAAGUAGCUAAUUUCAAAAAGCUUAUUUUUUGUAUAGGCUAAGUUUAAACCUAUUUAACAAUUCUUAACAAUUUAUUAUUAUUUUGUUACUUAAAAAUAAAUCUGAAAAAUAAUUUGUUGUUAAACAGCACUAUUAAUGUCACAAUUUUAAUAUAUUUUGUGGAGAUGCAGAGAAAAAGAUAAAUUUGUGUUUCUGUAAGUAGAAAAGGUGUCGAGUUUAUUUAUAUUAAAAUAAGAAAUACCAUAAAAAUAAAUACCAUAAUUGCCCAAUGUGACAUAUAUGUCACAUCACAGAUCUUUGACAUUUAGGGAUAGUAUCUUUUUAAAAAAAAACCAUAAAUGUGUUCUAUGUGGUCUGGGUUCUUAUGGAUUAAUCAUAUAUGAUCAGGAUCACUUUUAUUUGUGAAGGAAACAGGAUCAAAUUUAUCCUAAACUAAGAAUUCCUUUGAUGAAUAUUUUAGUAUUUACUCUCAGAGGUAAAUGAUCUCUGGCGAUAUCAGAAGAUGCAGAUCAUGUUGGUGCUUCUGGACUCUCUCCAGCAACACGGCGGUUAGUGCUUGGGUUGCAGCAUUAACUCGUCCCAGAUAUUGAACUGACAUUACAAACAGUUAUUCACCUAAUUCAAUUAUAAAGUUUAUUGCUGAACUACAGUUUAACUCACUCCGAGGCCUUCCAUUUGCAUGCAAACUGAAGCUGGAAUGUAAAUGAGCUCAUGUGAGAAAUAAAAUGUGAAGUGAAUAUAUUAACGGUGUUUAAAAUGUAGCAGUCUUUAUUACAGACUCCCCAAGACACUUUUUUUCAAUUUACCAAGCAAUUUUCAGAUGACAGUACUGAUAUAAAAAUCACAUAAUCACAUGUUAAAUAUAGUGAUGAA